AUGACCGACGAAGUAUCUACAACAAGAAGGUUUUUAUACGAACUUCAGAACGAUUGGGGCAAAGGAGAUUUGUACAGAGAUACUCCAAUUCGAUUUCUCGGUAAGGAGUUCAUCUUUUUUGUUGUUUUUUAGACUUCAUUGAGAGCUCAAACAAUUUUUGUCUCAUCUCAAAAAGGCGGUUCUCGACAGUUUUUUCCUUUUUUCACCUACUACAAUAUUGCAGGCUAUGCAAAUGAGAUUGGAGAAGCCUUUAGAGCAUGGAUUCCGGUCGCAGCUGUCAAAGCGACGUACGUAGUUGCCUCGAGCUACGUCAUAGCGGAUGCGUUUGAUAAAACACACAAAGUUUACAAAGUAAGAAGCAUAUUUUGAUCAGGGAUUAUAUUGCUAAUGAUUGAUAAUGGAAAUGACAAAAUUCGGGUUCCAAUAUAAUCAAGAGAGAGAAAAAAACUAUGUAAAUUAUUUUAGAAGCCUUUUCAAAGCAAAGUGGAGCGGCAUAAACAACUGGGGAUCACUUUAUUGGAUACCUUGGCUUGGCAAACCUUCGCCUCCGUAAUAAUCCCUGGAAUGACAAUAAAUCGACUAGUCGCAACGAGCACAUUCGGCCUAAAAAAGUGAGAUCGCCUCUUAUUGUUGCUCUUGAGCCGUUUUUAGACAUACUUCGACAUAAUUUUACAUGGAGUUUUUAGGUUUUCACGGCUUGCGCCCACUUCGAUAAAAUUAGUCUCGACUGGACUUGGAUUGGUCACCAUACCCUUUAUUGUCCGGCCAAUUGACGCGUUUGUGGAAGUCGGCAUGGAGCAUAGUCUCAGAAAACUAUAUAGCAAUUAA